AUAGUGUGGCCCGUGCGAUUAGAAUCAGCGAAUCCAAACCGCUCAUUACACCGCACUAUCUCAUUGACUUAUCUCUGCGUCUUUUAAAAAUCGACAUUAAUUCCUCGGCAAAGGUCAAUCAAGCGGGCACGAAUUUUUCUUUUCGAACGGCGAAUCGUCGGCGACGGUGAAAAUGUCAACUCCCGGUCAAGAGGAAGACAAGAAGCCCGGUGAUCCGUCGGUUCACAUCAAUCUCAAAGUCAAAGGCCAGGACGGAAAUGAAGUACUUUUCAGGAUUAAGAGAAGCACACAGCUAAAGAAGCUGAUGAAUGCUUACUGUGAACGACAAUCGGUUGAUUUCAACUCAAUUGCCUUUCUCUUCGAUGGGCGUCGCCUCCGUGCAGAGCAGACUCCUGAUGAGCUUGAAAUGGAGGAUGGGGAUGAGAUAGAUGCUAUGCUGCAUCAGACUGGAGGUGCUGCUGCUGCUGCUUAGUUAGGGUGAUUAAGUCUUUGUUAACGUCUUGGAGGAAGUUGUAAUACAAAAUUUCAUAAUCAUUCUAGCUUGCUGCUACUAUUCACAUGAUUUUGAACGUGUUCCAAGUACUUGAUCUACAACCAUAUUUAAGUUGCUGUGAUUUUCAUUUCCUUUCGAAAAAGUGUAUGUACUGUUUACUUUCUGAUUCUGGUGGUGAUAUUGGGACAUAAAAAAAGAGGGAUGGAGUUUCUUUCU